AAAUUAGUAUCAAUCGAGAAGCGGGACCGUUCGGAACAUGUGCGGAUGUGGUUCUCGUUGAAGUCAAGUCUGUCCAAAGGAUGAUGUUUUUAAGCUUAUCACGGCAAGCCAAGGUUCGUUAGCGGGGCAAAGCUGAUAAUCACUAGUUCAAACGGAAUACGGAGCAGUUACGGAAUAACAACGGAAAAAGUGUGAAAAUUGUGAAGGAAUUUAAAUUGAGGUGUUAAUUUGCAGGUUUAUGAAUCCAGAGCAGUUAUGUUGUGAGAGAAAAAUCUGAAAAAUACGAGCAAUCAAGAAAAAAAAAUUAAACGCGUGAUUCAGUGCUGAUAAAAGUUCAUCGUCAAAAUUUCAAAGGUGUGAUAUAGAGAAGAAAUCAAAUUCGUAGUCCCCUCCAAAUAUAUACCUUUCCUAUGUCUUAAGUGGCCGUUAUCAGCUUUGAACGCAACUGUCUAAGUGUCCAACGGUGGUCGAGUCGAGUGUGUGUGUAAUUCUGGUGAUAGCCGUCGAAGACAAAAAUGUGAGUAGAUAUGAAACACGCCUCAAAACUGCCCAAACUGCGACUUAUCUUCAAACAACUAAGACACCAAAAAGUCCGCCCAGCAUCUUGCCCUCAAAGUCACCCAAAGUCACGACGGCUCCACGUCCCAAUCCGCGGUCAAAUUGAAAAAUUAAAUUGACAUUUCCGGUGAAACGGCCUGCCUUGUUUACUCCGAAUGUCCACGCGUGUCUGAUCGACUUUUUGGACGGGAAACGUCGAAUCGGAAAAGGUGUUGGUCUGUGAAAUUUGUGAAUUGUGCGAUUAAAUUGAGCGUGAAAAGAGGUGUGAAAUUUGAGCAAAAUAAAUAGGGGAAAACUGUUGAGGCCAAGUGAAACUGAUCGUUUCAACGCACCACUGGAAAUGUGAUAGUGGCCGCGGAUUGAUAAUUACAGCCCAAACCGAGCCACUAAUUAAACUGUAACUGCUACUGGUGCUGUGUAACCCUAGACCCGCUCUAAACCCCAGCAUCAUAACACAAUUAGGUGGGUUUAAUUGCGAGAAGAUUCAAUUAGAGCGCUCAGCAGCACCCACCGGAGACUAGUUUAGUUUUGAGUCGGAACGGAAACGGAGCUAGACUAGCUGGCGAUUAAAUCUGGUCGUGAUUGAAAAGUACUUAGCAGCCGCACAGCCACCGGCCACGAUGACUCGCCGAAAAUUUGAAAAUCACGCGCUGCUAACGCUAGGGGUGGUGCUAACGCUAACCAUCGGCUACGCUAGCGGAAUCGCGACGCUGGCAACCGAAAUGGACAAGCCGCAGCGUUGCCUGCAGGAACGAACCUACAAGAUGGUCGGCUACAACUGCGCAAAUCUGGGCCUCAAGCAGAUCCCCCAGACGUUGAAGAGUAAUUUGCAGAUUUUUGAUCUCAGCUUCAACCGCAUCCGUGACCUCACCAGGCAAUCAUUUGCGCGCUACUCCGACAUCCAGUAUCUGUAUCUGUUCGAGAACAUGGUCCAAUUCGUCGAGCCAGGCACGUUCAGCGUGAUGACUAAUUUGGAGGCCAUCGAUCUGUCCAGCAACGCCCUCACGAUGAUUCCGCCGGAGCUGUUCCAGAUGCCACUACUAAGGAAUCUGUACGUGGCCCACAACAACCUCGCCUUCUCGGACGCAAAUCCUUUGCAGCUAGAACUCCCCAUCCGGGCACCGCUGCAAAUCGUCAGCUUGGCCGAUUGUAGGCUGAACCGAUUGCCUGAUUUUGGCAUUCUGCCGGACCUCUGGAUGCUGAACAUUUCGAUCAAUCCGAUGGCCGACCUGACGGUUGAGCAGUUUGCACCGCUGUGCAACCUCCGCAAGCUGGACAUGAACGACACGCGGGCGGAGCAGUGUGCCUGCCAGGAGAUUACGGUGCAGCUGGAACGGCGGAGGGUUAUGGUUCUGAACAGCAACAUGCACUGCUUGCCGAUGUAUUCGUCGGAACAAAAGUCGUGCACCUCGGAUAGGAGCAGCAGCAACGAAUCCAACGAGACCAAACUAUCCUCCCCGGCAGCACCCUUCCUGCAGUGCAUGGAGGUCCUGCAAUCACGCAAACUGAACGCCAAAGCCAAAGCGGCCUGGUUCUGGAUUGCCCUGGCCGUACUGGGCUGCAUUUUGCUGUUCUGCUCAGUUUUAUACUACGUGCACAACCGCAACAGCAAAACUCGAAGGGCGCUCAAAAAGCAACAGCAGCAGCAGCGAGGCCCAAUGUCCAACGGUCAACCCAUCCAGCGGAUAAUGGAACCAUCGCCCGACGGAGACACGAAAGCCGAGGACGAAAAACCGAUCGUCGAAAACGGAACCCGAGAUAAGCUUAUCGAGAAUUGUGAUUGAGUCGGAUGAGAUUUGAGAUUUUUUUCUGGCAGAGGUUUGAAACGGUUUGCCAAGCAAGACAAGACUAAAAAGAAGCUAGAUAAUAAGGAAAAGCCGAAAAAGCAAUUGUAAAUAGUGCAAAUAUUAGAGUUUAGAAAAUGUCGAGCAUCACAAUCAAACUCAGAACGGACGCUUAGUAAAUGUUUAGGUGAUAAGUCGUGUGUUGUUGUACGGGCAGCUAUGUUAUGUUGUGAUUAAGUUUCAGAGAUAGAUUUAAACUUCUUCUACACCGAGUCCUCAUUUAAAUUCUACUUUUUAGUUACUAGUAUCAGAACUAAACGCUACAAAUGACGCCUAGCUUUGCCAAGAGCCAAAGAAAAUCUAUUGAAAUUUGCCAUAAUGAUAGAAAUGAAAGAGUUUGUUUAAUUACAGUUUACGAAUGAAUGUGAUGGAAUUAAAAA